AUGUCGGUGCAAAUCCACACCGUGGAAAAUGUUUCUGCAUUCCCAUACGAGUACAUUGUUUGGGUUCUAAAGGAACCAAAUUGUCGCGGACAGAGAAGCUUGACUGCUUCUGCUCCCGAAUGGGCCGCGAGCAUGUCUGAAGUCCAGUCCUCUGAGCGGCAGAGAAGGAAAUACUGGGUGGAGGGUGCCCACUCACGCAUGCCCCUCCGCGCCUCUCGCCCACUGGGGCUGGGCUUGGAUUUUGCAACCAUUUCCAACACCGCUGCUGUACUUGGAGCAGCCCUGCUGGAAGCCGGCAGGGCCCGCGUCCGCGUUUCGCCGGCCCAUCCCGGGUCCGGGGUAGGCUUCUCCGCCAGGUGUGCGCCGGGGCCCGGGAGCCUUUGCAGCGCAGCGUACUCGCAGCCCCGCCCGCGGGCCCGCGGUGCCCAGUCUGGGGGAGCCGGGCUAACCCCCGCCCCGCCACCAGGAACCCCUCCCCGGGACCACGCUCGAGUGCUGUGUCUGCGCUGGGGGGCGGCUCCGCCCAGUUCUGCAGCGAGGGGUCCGGCGUUCCGGCCAGACCAGAGGUCCGAACAUGAGAAGACUUCGGACUCCGCCGCUCUCUCGGGCUGUUCCCCGAAGUGA